AUGAUAAAGAACAUCAUGCACGCUCUAGAUGAGCGUAUAGAAGAGAUGGAUGUGAAAUACAAGAAGAUUGUUGGGAACUUAGCUGCUAAUCUUGCUGCCACAACUCUUAAGGUUAAGUCGAGAUAUUUCCAUCGAAUAGGGGUCAGUGGGAAGGGAGUUUUGAAGAUAUAUGAUAACAUCAAAGGGCUGCCUAAUCACAAGAUCUUCUACCCUGGGAAGAGUUACCCUAUCAUCAUCAGACACAGUAAUAGCUUAAGUGCAGAUGAUGAUGCAAGAAUUGAUGCUCGUGGUGCAGCUGUGAGAAUACUAUCGAGCGAAACUGGAACCCCAAUCCUUGAUCUGACUUUGAAAACAGGAAAUGCAUUCUAUGCAAGAACGAUCUCUGAUUUUGCAACAUGGCUCGUUUGUGGGUUACCGGCAAGGGAGCAGCAUGUGAAGCGGGUCCCCCAUGUGCGUGAUGCCGUAUGGACAUCACUUCGCAACACAGAUUCAUUCACUAAUCUGCAUUACUUUUCAAACAUAUGCAGGCUUUUCCGGUUCGAAGAUGGAAAUGAAAUGUAUGUAAAAUUCAAGUUGAGACCUUUUGAUGAGAACAUCACUGAAGAAUCUGGCAAGGUUGAUCCCAUCGGAAUUCUUCCUCCAGAGACCGGUGCAAUUCCAAGAGACAGUAACGACAAACGACCACUGCUUUUCCUUGCUGAGGAUUUUCAACGUCGUACGAGUCAACCAGGUGGGGUUCGGUAUAUAUUUCAGUUACAGUUCCGAGCUGUACCUAAGGAUGAAAUCACCCAAGACAUUGCACUUGACUGCACAAAUCCAUGGGAUGAGACCGAAUUCCCCUAUAUCGAUUUGGGAGAGAUAACAAUCGACCAAAAUAACACCAAAGAACAGACUGAGGAUUUGGAGUUCAAUCCUUUCCUGAGAUGCAACGAAGUGGAUGUAAUUCGUGCUACUUCUGCCUCACAGAGUGCUUCCAUUGAUCACGGUCGUUCAUUGAUAUACGAGAUAUGCCAACAUUUGAGAAACGGACAACCACUUCCGGAGGCCUGGAGGAGUUUCAUAGAGCAAUCUGAUGUCAAAGUUGACCUUUCAGGUUGUGCCAUGGCUACAACAGCAACAAUGGAGAACAAGAAUUCAAACGAACUGACUCUCGCAAGAACCUGGAUUAGAAUUGGAGAAGAUGGGUUUGUAGGAAGUAGAGGUGUUGUUAUGCCUGGAGUGAGGGUGGAGAAUGGGGGUAGUCUCGGUGCACUCUCACUUGCAUUCAAAGGAGAAAUCAUCAAGUCAAAAUAG